GGUCUUACCUCUUGCUUGCAUAUUUAAUUCAUAAAAUAAUAUUAUAUUAUUAAAGUAUUUUAGCUAAAAAACUGAAGCAGAACCACAUAAUACUUGUCAAUAAAUUGUAAAAUUUUUGCACAUAAGCAAACAACUGAGGUUAACCACUGAUUAAAGGAAUAAAGUGUCAAUUUUGUAGGUAUUUUGUUACUUAACAAAUUAGGAGCAAUGAAUAGCGUAUCGACAAAGAUGGGACCUUCGAAGAGGACAAUCAAACUCUGCGAAAGCACGUGGAAAGUUCACGAGUUCGAGGUGUGGAGCGGCGAGUUGAUCUGCCGGGCGGCGGCGAUCAGCAUGCCGGGGUCGUUGUUCGUGUGGCUGGGCGGCCGCGAGGCGGCGUUGUCGGCGGCGGCGCUGGGAGUGCCGCGCGCCGGCUCCGCGCUAGCCAGCUCGCUGCUGGGGGACGACCCCGCCGCCGUCGCUCUCGCCCGCCGCCUGAGCGCCGCGCUCGCGCGCCAGGUCUACGUCUGCAGCGGUAAGGAGUUCGACCGCUUCACCGCUCCGCUCGUCGAGCGCGGCAUCGUCGCUGAACUGAAAAAACAUCCUGAUGUCUUUGGGAAAACAUCCUGAUUUAAAAAAAAGUGCUAGUGUUUAAAAAUAAAUGUAAAGAAUGCGUUAAGUUCGCUUGAUGAAAAAGGAACCCAGCUCAUAUUAGCUGGGACUGAGAUUUAUAUUUUUUUUAAGUGGUUGCGGCUCGCGCUGAGUAUUGGUUAAUUAAAAAUACAUUUUAUUAAGUUUUAGAUUGUCAGCUUGUGGUCAGGAUUUAGUACAAGUUGCUGUCACAAUAUCAUUAUGGUCUAGGUAAAAGCUUAUAGCUACGAAUAAUAAAAACUAAGGAAACGUAACUCCCAUAUGUUACCCAUCUGCAA